AUGGGUGAAUCAGCAGCAGCGCACCGGCUAUACGUGAAGGGCAAGCACAUUUCAUACCAGCGCGGCAAGAGGAACACCAACCCCAACACCUCCCUCAUCCAAAUCGAAGGCGUGGACAACACCAAGGCGGCCAAGUUCUACCUCGGCAAGCGCAUCGCAUACGUCUACCGGGGCAAGAAAGAGAUAAGAGGAACGAAGAUACGGGUAAUCUGGGGCAAGGUGACGAGGACGCAUGGCAACUCGGGUAUGGUGAGGGCGCAGUUCAAACACAACCUUCCGCCAAAGAGCUUCGGCGCGAUGGUGAGGAUCAUGCUCUACCCCAGCUCGAUAUGA